CAUCAAGGUUCAUGCUACAUUCAUCUGCCAUUACAGUCAGUGUGAGAGUUGCAAUCAUUUUUCGCUGUCUGCUCAGGGAGCUGAAAAUUAAAUUGCAGUGUUAGCCGAACAGUUACCACAGCGAACUGGGUCAGUCCCGUACGCAAGAGCUCUGCAUUUCAUCCUGAAGAAGAGCGAACCAACCAGAAAGAUGGCUUGUUAGGUUUACAAGAAGACAUAUUCAACCACUUCCCUUUCUUAUCGCUUCCUCUGCGUCUACGUUUGUAGCAGAGGAUAAAGUGACAGUCUGGUUCUUCCUGUCAAAUGGUCACCAUGUUCAGUCUGAGGCAAGCAUCUCUACUCUUCAUUCAGCUGUUAAAAAUACAGAACGUCUUUGAAGUAUCAGCGACUCAGAUGGAAGUACAUAAGUACAUGUCGGUGUCCAGCGGCGACCCGGUCAUGUUUAUUUGCAACAUAUCAGAGAAUGCCACAACUCUAAUCAAGUGGAACAAUGGUAGAUCUCAUUUUGCAUAUUCCACUGCAUUGAAUCGGACGUUCUCAAAUUUUUCCUCUGAAAGAGUCAAAAUAGACUCAAAUAUACCUUCCAAGCUCAGCAUCUUUAAAGCGCAAGAUGAUGAUUCUGGACUGUAUACAUGCUCUGUAACUGAUGGAGGAGGCUUUCGAAACAUGGCAUGGAAUUUAGUUGUAUCUAACAAACAAGGUGUUUAUUUCUCAAGGUACACAUUUUUCAUUCUAUCAUUUGGCACUGGAUUGUUUAUAUGUUGCAUCAUGUUAGUCGUCUGCCUCUGCAAAAAGAGUUGGAGAGGAAGACAAGACCAAGGCCCAGUCUACAACCAGCACCAGCACCAGCACCAACACCAACACCAGCACCAGCACUCCCAGUCUCAACCAGAACAACAGAUCUACCAGCUAGUCAAUCUACCAGCUAGUCCAGACUGUUGGAGGAACACCCAACAGAGGAGGAUGUACAUUGAGAAACUGAAUUCAAUUUAUGACCCUCUCUGAGCUGAGACUUAUUCCAGGCCUUUGAAGAAAGAAAGAAAUGUUUGAUGGACAUUACAUGUUGUCUUUAUAAUCAGAAGAAACGCCAGAGGACAAGAAGCAGACCUCUCCCAGCAACGUGGUUAUUUUCAUAUUAAAUGGUUCAAAUCAUAAGACACAAAAACAACAGUAUGUUGUUGUUAGCAUCUUAUUGAGGGUCUGUUGCAUUGUCAGAGGUACUGCUUCAUUAAAUUUGUAUUUCAUGGUCCGCAGGUCUGGACAGGUACAACUUGUGUGCUUUUUAUAAGGACAUUUUAGAUUAGUUAUGUAUUUAUUUUUCGUUUUGUUU